UGUAUUGAUAACUAUGAGGACAUGGUGAAGGUCCUGCUGAACCGCGGGGCUGUGUGAACGCCCAGGACAACGAGCUGUGGACCCCGCUGCACGCUGCAGCCACCUGCGGCCACGCCUGCCUGGUCAAGGUCCUCGUCAGCCAUGGAGCUGAUCUCCUGGCGGUAAACUCGGAUGGAAACAUGCCCUACGACCUUUGUGAAGACGACCCCACUCUGGACAUCAUAGAAACAGCCAUGGCUAACCGCGGUAUCACUCAGGAGAUGAUCAAUGAGACGCGGGCGUCACUGGAGAGGAGGAUGCUGGGAGAUAUCCAGGCCCUGAUCCAGGACAACGAAGAUGUCAACCUGCAGGACUCACAAGGGGCGACACUGCUGCACAUCGCCGCAGCGAAUGGCUAUGUGCAGGCGGCGGAGCUUCUGCUGGAGGGCGGAGCCAGGAUGGAUCAGCGAGACACGGACGGGUGGCAGCCCCUCCACGCUGCAGCCUGCUGGGGCCAGAUGCAUGUUGCAGAACUGCUGGUCUCUCAUGGUGCCAGCCUGAACUCCAAAACCUUCCUGGAUGAAACGCCCAUCGACCUGUGUGAGGAUGAGGAGUUUCGGGCCGUGCUGCUUGAUCUGAAGCACAAGCAUGACAUCAUCAUGAAGUCUCAGCUGAAGCACAAGACCUCCCUGUGCCGACGCACCUCCAGUGCAGGCAGCCGCGGGAAGGUGGUGAGGAGGGCCAGCCUGUCCGAUCGGCACAAUCUGUGCAGGAAGGAGUACGAGACAGAGGCCAUCGUAUGGAGGGGCGGGAGGGAGGAGGAGUCCGACCAGGAGAACAGCCAAUCGGAGAAGCCCUGGACCGCGCGGUCUCUGAAGGAGGGAGGGAAGCAGAACGGCUCCAUCUCCACAGGAAACGGCUCUCCCACUCACCCCCCCUGUAACGGGGAGCCGCCCAGCGCUGAUCCCUCGCCCCCGCCCGCCGCCCCCCCGUCCGCCCUCGAGGAGCCCAGGGAGCGGGCUCAGACGCUGUCCGAGCUGAAGAAGCAGCGCGCGGCCGCCAAACUCCUGAGCUACCCGCUGCUCAAUGGUCACCUAGGCAACGGCUCCCUCAAGCUGCCCGAGACGGAGGUGGGGCCAGAGGACUCCGCGCGCAUGCCCCUGGUCUCAUCCAAUGGGAGCGCGGUCUACUACACCCCUGCCAGCGGGGACCCGCCCCUCCUCCGGCUCAAGCAGCCAAUGGAGGAGGAGGAGGCCAAGGACCGCCCUUGCUGCCGCGUGUCGUAGGGGGGCCGGGGGGGGGCAUGCAAGACUCUGCCUCCCGGGGCAGAGAAAUAUUUUUACAGGAUCUCACAGGAGGGAGUCAGGCUCUGUGUAUGUGUGUGCUAGUGUAUGUGUGUGUAUAAAUGUGUGUAUGUGGGUAUGUACGAGCGUACACGUGUGUGUGUGUCUGUGUACAUGUGUGUGUUAGUAUAUACAUAUAUGUGUGUGAGUGUACAUACAUGUGCUAGUUUAUAUGUGUGUGUACAUACCCGUGUUAGUAUAUAUAUGUGUGUAUGUGUGUGUGUGUAUGUCUGUGUACAUGCAUGUGUUCAUAUAAAUAUGUGUGUGUGUGUGUGUGAGAGAGUGUGUGUGUGUGUGUACAUGCAUGUGUUAGUAUAAAUGUGUGUGUGUGUGUGAGAGAGAGAGAGUGUGUGUGUGUGUGUGAGUGUGAGUGUGUGUGUGUGUGUGUACAUGCAUGUGUUAGUAUAAGUGUGAGUGUGAGGUGUCUGUAUUUGUGGAAGGGCCAGGCCUGGUGUUUGUGCUCUAGAUUCACGGAAUGUCCUGAGUGUGGAGAUUCUCAUCAGAGGAGAUUCUCAUCAGAGGAGAUUCUCAUCUUGCUAAAGAGGGGUGUUAGCAGUUCCUGUGAUCGGCGCUGGUUUGAACUUUAGGCACACUAUUCUGUGGCACUAUGAUGUGUGGUGGUGUGUUUAGACUGUUUUCCAGAAGUUAGACAUGCAUCUUGUUCUCAGUAACUGAAUAGAUAAAAAAACACCAGGUCUGUUUGCCCGUUCACCCCAGGCACUUUGCCAGUCAGUGCGUGGUGUCAGCAUAAGCAUGUCAGCAUUAGCCACGCUCUCAAAUCGCUCAAUCUGUCGCCAAAAUGUUUUUGUGUUCAGUGUUUCAAUUCUGCAGAGAGGUGGCUUAAGAAUGGUGGAAUUAAAAAAAAAAUGUGUACAGUUCAAAGUUGUUAUUUAUAUAUGAAAAAAAACCUGUGUAUAGAGGCUACUGUUGAGGUAGGUUGUAGGUUUUGGAGGUAUAUUUAAUGUACUGAGUUGUGGGUGAGAGUAAAACUCUUAUGUGUAUUGUGUGAAUGAAGUCGUUGAAUGAGCUGACAAUGUGUAUGGUCCCCUUUAAUACUGGGAAAGACAUAUAUUCAUAUGGUCAGAAGGUGAACUGUAAAUGUGCUUCAUAUGGGUUUCAGAAAGAUAGCAGUUGUUUUGGACAUUUUGCGCAUGUCAGAGCUACACCACAAUAUGAAGGCUGGGGUUUUUGACGCUUGACUUGUGUAUCAAGUCGUUUGCGGGAAUCCUGCAAAUGUUAUCCUGUAAUCUUCAAAUAAUUUCCCUUGGGUAAAGUAAAGGUCUAUCUAAGGCUAGAUAAACGUUUUGCUUGUGAUCCAAUGUGAGACUAGUUCCUUUUUUCUGUCAAGGUAUUUUUUGUUUUAUUUCUUUUUCAUCACCAUUCUGUCCCUUGAAGCUGCUUUAUGGGCGGAGAAUAUCUCUGCUGAAAAUGAAGUGUUUUGAAAAUGCAAUAUCUUCCCUCCAGCCAUCCGUUUCUUUCUUGAAUGUUGUCUGUUUAAAAGUUCAAAGUCGUCCAUGUACUAUCAGGCUUCCGAGACCGAGUGGUCUAUUUUUAAAUGAAUAUGGAUGAAUUAGUUUGCUGUGCUGUGUCGCGUUGUCUUGUCGAUGUCGGGGUGUUCAGUGUUCAGGAACAGAAGGACUGUCUGCUGAAGAUGCAGUGGGGACAAUGACAGGGGGCAGUCAGGGACAACCGUACAGUCAGGGACAAUCGUACCUUCAAAAUUGUGGAUGAACGUCCCUGGGUCUGUGUGGAGGUGCAUAUGAUGGCUCUCAGUUCAGUUCAGAUCAGGAAGGCAUCCAACAACGGGAUCAGUUUCAGAACCUUUUCAGAACAAACGGUUUGGUGUGAACUACCCAGUUCUAGAGCAGUUUCUGUAGCCUUCAAGAUUCUACUCUUGGAAUUUGAAUCCUGAAUGGAGGAUGAGAAGGGGCCAGCUCUUAAUGUGUUGCAAUGGAAACUGUAAUUUCCUGACUUCCAUUUUGAUGCGGACCAUUCAGCUGUUACUUGGUAGUAUUCUUUAUUUAUUUGUAUUUUUUAUUUUGAAAAUGACACAUUUGAUCGGAACUGGGCUCACCGGCGUGUGUUCCAGGCCAUUCCUUCCAGUGCCAAAGUGGGGGUGUGGUCCAGGCAAAGGUGGGGCUGUGUGCUAGGGGGCAGUUCUCUCAAAACAAGCUGCCCCACCCAUUACUGGCUCCUCCAAUCUAGGGCUCAAACUUCCUCCCCCCUCAUCCAAUCAAGUUCCACCUGCACUUUCACAGCACCUCCCCUUUUUGUAUAGUAUAACAGUUCUGUACAGCUGCCGAAAUAGGCUAUGGUUAUUGUUGUUGUGACAAUGACUUUUUUUUUUGGAAAGUCAGAGGGUUAUUGGCACUCUGGCAAUGCACAGCAAGUAUGAGAAGUUCAGUAUAAUAGCUACUUUGUAAAUACAAAUGGCUUCAAGAUGCAUUCUGUUGUUGUCAGUGGAUGAAUAGGUUACUCCCAAGUUCCCACAACGAUCGUUAUAUUCAACAUCUAUAAAUAAUUAUGAUAAGAAUGGACUAAAUGAUGUUCAAUUAUGACAAAGCUGUAGAAUACAGUCUGGUCAUGAGGCACGAGCUUGUACAUUUUACAGACAUACUGUAGAAUAUUUAAUCGACCUUAACCAUUGUUCCAGAGCAAAGGAAGGAGAUGGCUGAAGGCUUACCUCCAUAAGUAAAGUCAGAAUAAUUUCAAUGAAAUGAGAAAAGUGAUGUUCCAGCUGUACAUCUGGCUUUGAGGAGGCCACUGCUCUAUCCCUUUCUAACCCACGUCUGCUUCAGUGCUUCUGAAAACCAAUGGUCAGGGUUCCUCUCCUGGCAUCUGGAAAACAAACUAGGUUCUCUGAUUGUGUAUUAGUUCUUAUAUUGAUAAGGUAGGGGAAAAAAACAUAAUUUAAAAACUACUGAUUUUGUAAUUACUGGAAAAUACUGAUGGUUGUAUUAACAUAUUUUGAAUAAAUUGUAUAUUUUGCUCA